GCCAUGGAAAGGAAAGCGACUGACCAGCUGCUGUGCGACAGCCUCAUCCUCUGGUUGCAGACAUUUAAUACUGCUGAAUCCUGCAAAGAUGUUCAGGGCUUAACUAAUGGUGUUGCUAUGGCACAGGUACUUCAUGAAAUCGAUGCUGCAUGGUUUGACAAUGCUUGGCUAAGCCGUAUUAAAGAAGAAGUUGGUGACAAUUGGAGAAUAAAGGCCAGUAAUUUGAAGAAGGUUCUUCAGGGAAUUACAGAUUAUUAUCAUGAGUUUCUGGGCCAGCAGAUUUCUGAUGAUCUCCUUCCUGAUUUAAGUCGGAUAUCUGAACAUUCUGAUUCUGCAGAACUGGGCAGGUUACUGCAGCUUAUUCUUGGCUGUGCUGUCAACUGUGAAAAGAAGCAAGAACAUAUACAAGUUAUAAUGACACUAGAAGAGUCUGUCCAACAUGUUGUCAUGACUGCUAUACAAGAGUUAAUGAGCAAAGAAAUACUCGGCUUUGUUGCAAGUGACUUGACUGGUGAUCUGGAGCAACAGCUGAAAAGAACAUUGGAAGAGCUUAAUGAAGUACUUGCAGAAAAAGAAGAACUGAAGCAAAGGUGUCAAGAGCUAGACUUGCAGGUGGCUGCCCUUCAAGAGGAAAAGAAUAGUUUAAUGUCUGAAAAUGAGGUCAUGAAUGACCGAUUGGACCAGCUGGAUGGUUCUCUUGAUGAUACAAACACUGCAGUUACGAAAAAGUAUUUUCAUGCACAGUUACAGCUGGAACAACUACAAGAAGAAAACUUCAGGCUUGAAGCUGCAAAAGAUGAUUAUCGUGUUCACUGUGAAGAGCUUGAGAAACAACUGGUUGAGAUUCAGCAUCGGAAUGAUGAACUGACUGGUUUGGCAGAAGAAUCCAGGGCCUUGAAAGAUGAAAUUGAUGUUCUUAGAACAUUUGCAGAUAAGGCAAGUAAGCUGGAAUCAACUAUUGAGGUGUACCGUAAAAAACUGGAAGAUCUGAACGACUUUCGCAGGCAGGUGAAAUCUCUGCAGGAAACAAAUAUGAUGUAUAUGCACAAUACUGUGAGCCUAGAGGAAGAGCUAAAGAAAGCAAAUGCAGCUCGUGCACAGCUGGAAACGUAUAAAAGGCAGGUCCAGGAACUUCACAACAAACUCUCUGAAGAAUCCAAAAGAGCUGAUACACAGGCAUUUGAACUGAAGCGACUAGAAGAAAAGCAUGAAACAUUACUUAAAGAGAGAGAGAGGUUGAUUGUGCAGCGUGAUGCACUGAAAGAGACAAACGAAGAACUUAGGUGUUCACAAAUGCAGCAGGAUCACCUCAACCAAGCGGAUUCAUCUGUUGUGGCAAGUCAUGAAAAUCUUGCUGCUGAAAUUCUACCUGUGGAAUAUAGAGAAAUGUUUAUUCGGCUACAGCAUGAAAACAAAAUGCUCCACUUGCAGCAGGAAGGGUCAGAAAAUGAACAGAUUAUAGAACUUCAAAAGAAGCUAGAACAAAAGCAUCGGGCAAUAAAUGAACUGGAAACGGAAAACAGACUGAGCAAGGAGCGUAUCGAAGAGUUGCUGCAGCAAAUUGAAGACCUUCAGAAGACCUUGCAAGAGCAAGAGUCCAAGCCUGAAGGUGAUGGGUCGAGCAAGUUGAAGCAGAAGAUUGCACUACAUAUGGAAAAACUGAGCGAAGUCCAUGAUGAGUUGCAGAAAAGGGAGGCUCUUCUUGCCGACCUCCAACCAGAUCAAAAUCAGAAUGCGCAAAAGGUUGAAGAAUUGGAAGCAGCUUUGCGUAAGAAAGAUGAAGAUAUGAAAUCAAUGGAAGAGAGAUAUAAGAUGUACUUGGAAAAAGCAAGAAGUGUGAUAAGAACCUUAGACCCCAAACUAAAUCCAGCAUCAGCUGAAAUCAUGUUGCUGAGAAAACAACUGACUGAAAAAGACAAAAAAAUAGAAGCACUUGAGGGAGAAUGUAAAUUGGCUAAGAUACGUGACCAUGAAGAGAAGUUAAUUGUAUCUGCAUGGUAUAACAAGAGCUUAGCAUUUCAUAAGCUGGGCAUGGAGUCCAGGCUGAUAAGUGGGAGCAGUGCCUACAAAGAUACUCCUUCUGGCCUCCCUGGGCGCUCUUUCCUCGCACAGCAACGUCAUGUCACCAAUACCCGAAGAAAUCUCUCUGUUAAAGUACCUGCUGCAGCAUCAGAUUAAAUCACCGAGGAUAUUUGUGCACUAAAGUGUCCUUAAAUUAUUUUGUAACUCCUGUUCUAAACUGCCUGACAGAGGAAGAGGGUGUGAUGCUGGGCAUCAACUAUUUUACAUGCGAGACCCAUUUGCUGCGCUGGUAAAUUAAAUUUAGCCAACUGCUUACACAAAGCAAUGCAUAUCUGUCAACGUUUUCUUGAUUUUAAAGACUUAAGGUACAU